GCAGCGCGCAGACCGCGCCCGGCGAGCUCGGCCGGUUCCUUCCGUGGCCAUGCGGCUCCUCGGCCACGCAUCCUGCGCUCUGCGGCUGCUGCUGCUGCUGCUGCUGGUCCGCGGCUCCCGAAACGAAGACGUGAACAGCACGACUCCAAUUCCAAGCAAUGGGUUGGCAGACAAUAGCAGUUCAUCCACUGUCACUUCAUCAUCCACACAAUCUACAGCAGCAUCUACAGGAGGUGUGUCCACCAGUACUAUUCAUCUGACCAGUAGCAGUCAGCACAACACUACCACCACCACAGCUGUGAUCAUGACAACUCAGCCCACCAAAGCCAGCCAGACAGCAAUACCCACUACAGCUGCACCAGUCACAUCGCCACAAGGCAAUAUUACAGGGGUGACCACUUCUAAGACUUCUUCCACUUCUGUAACAGCCACAUCAAAAUCAGAGGCUGUCAUAGUCAAAACCUCCAGAUUUGAUGUGGGCAGUUUUGUAGGUGGCAUUGUGCUGACUCUUGGAGUCCUGGUCAUUCUCUACAUUGGAUGCAAAACUUACCACUCUAGAAGAGGCAUUCAGUACAGAACCAUUGAUGAACACGAUGCUAUCAUUUAAAGAAGACUUCAGAGAAGACAGUGUUGGAAACCCACCCUGUCACAGCUGUUUAACUUCUGAAAGAGUUUCUUUCAUAAAGAUGAUCACAGUCUCUAAACCUGUCUUGGGUGUUAUGCAAAAUGUGCAGAAGCUUUUUAAACAUCCUGAUUUUUUACGUUGGCUCUUGCAAGAGGAGCUCAGCACUUUGUAGACAGUAUUUUCUUUUUCCAGUUUUUGUAACCAGAUUUAGAGAAAACCACAUACUGAGUCAUUUUAAGGUACACACACAGCUCUCUGAAAUAGCUAGUUACUAGCACAGGCAAUUGCAUCUAUGAAAUUCUAAGUUCAGGGAGUUUUUUCUAAAAUUUCGUAUUAAAUUGUAUUUAUUUUGAAGUUUCAUGUGACCUUAGUUUAGAAAUUUUGGGUUUUGAAUAACUCAGUUAAUUUUUAAUAGGCUUCAAAGGAGGUGUGGUUAGAUAACUGUAUAGAAGGUGAUAAUGAGUACUCUAAAUGUCAGUCAUUAGCUUGCCAGUGAGCUGCAGAUGCUUUCCUUAAUAGGCUGUAUAAGGAGAGUAGCUGCAGGAAACAUGGACAGAAUGGAAAUACCCAACCAUAACCCUUUUCUCUAAAAGCUUCUUUUUUUCUUGACUGUCCUAAUGAAGCUUGUGCAAUUGAAGAUUUAAUAAAAAUGAAAAAAAGUAAUUUUGUCAUUAUAAAUAUAUUCUAAAACUGGCUUUUAAACUGAAGGUAGCAAUCACUUGGCUCUUGAUUUUUAUCAUUACAAAGCUGUCUGCAGUGUUUCAGCAGCAUUUGAUAAUUGUUCAAAGUUAUAUAGAGAAGGGAAAACCUAUAAGACAGCAUUUUAGCAGACUAUAAAGUGCAUUUUUACAGCUGCUUUCAGAACUUGAUCCUGCUGCACAGGUGUACAGAGCUUUUUGUGUGGUCAAAGGCCCAGCUGAUGGCACUGGGGCAUCUCUGAACGCACAUUUAGCUGAAGGCUCAAAUGCUCUGGGGGUCCUGUGCAGGAUGGUUGGUGCUGUUCCCAUGUCACUUCUGCAGGUCCACUCAGGUAAAUCUGCUGACUUACACUGCUGUAAGGAAAACUAGAGCAAAUACCAGGAAACACAGGACUGCAUCUCUUUAAGUCACUGAAUGAUUGUUCAGUCUUGCUCAGGCUUCACUUGUAGACCUGUCCCCAUGGAAGAGGGUGUGGUGGGGUUUGACUGUCCUGGUUACUGCUGGCACCAGUCCCUCCUGCUGGGCACAAGGGAGACGGUGACAAGUGAGGACAGUCACAGUGGGAACUGCACACAGCUCAGUUGGGGGCUGCAGAACUCUUCAGGGAAAAUGUAACUACUCUGGAACAGAUUAUUUUCUUAAGCAGUUGUUUAUUCUGACAUGCAAUGUUAAAGUGCCCGUUUGAUUUUUUUUUUUCUUUUUCAUACGGAAUAGUAAAACUGUUUCCAAGGCAGAGCCAACUCCAGCAAACCAUGGCUAAUGAGUCAUUUUAUAGCUACUCACCUGAAAAGGAGGUAACAGGGCUGUUUAAAUUUUUUACAGUGUUUGAGGGUCAGGGGGAGAGAGAGUGAUUUGGAGUAACUUUUGUAUUUUUUCUUAAUUGUAUUAUUUGGUGGAAUUUUACUGGAUUUGACUUGAAGAAUUAUGGAAACAAUUCUUUCAUAGAACUGUAAUUCCUUACUUUGUAAAAAUUAAGCUAGUAAAGUGCAACUCAGUUACUGGGAUUGUCUCACCUCUGCUGUACAGACAAAUAAAAUUAAAUCUUUGGA